AUGAAAAAAGUUUUAUUCUUUAAGACAAGGAGGAAUGACCAUGACGUUUCGCAAAUUGUUUUACUACUACUGGUUCUACCCGCCGUUAUGCGAGCUCAAAAUACCUUGGGGUGCCCUGACUUAAUACAAACUAACAAAUGCUCCUGCUAUACACUUGAAGACGGCUUGUUUCUUGACUGUCAAGAUACUGACCCAAAAGACAUAAAAAAUGCACUUAAGAGUGUGUCUGACAUACAUUCACUUUCUGUUUAUAACCUCGACGACAACGAAGAAUCUCUGGGUCCUCAUUUUAUUCCUCAAGGAGUUUGCAUAAAACAUAUUCACAUGUCUAGAACAAGUAUAAAAGAUAUUGGCGAUGAUAUGUUUAUGCCUCUGAGAAGAUGUCUUGAGACGUUAAGCAUCGUAUCCAGCAAAAUAAAAACUAUUCCGCAAAAAGCCUUAUCUGGUUUGCUCAAACUUAUGUCGAUCGACUUUACAUCAAAUUACAUCGAAGAAAUACCAAGUUACAGUUUUUAUGGUCUUCCGCUUAUGAAGUUGGACGUAAAAGGAAAUGUCAUACAUGACAUAUCUGAAUCAGCUUUUUCUAGUCUAGAAUUAACUCUGUCUGAAAUAAAUUUGAGUGAAAAUAAUCUCACAACGUUUCCAAUAGAGGCAUUUGCAAAAUUAAGACAUCUUCGAUCUUUACGAUUAUCAUGGAACGAAAUGUCUUCUUUCCCAAUAAUAGUCAGAUUGAACAAUUUAAAAACACUUUCCCUUAAAAAUAAUUCUUUGAAAGCUGUUGACUUAUUAUCUAUAAAUGUACCUGGCCUAAAACAUUUAACUCUAUCGUUCAAUGUACUCGACUAUCUUCCUUUAGAAGCGUUUACUCAACUUCCUCUUUUAGAAGUUCUUUACAUGGAACAUUGCAACAUUGAACAUAUUUUUGAAGGCACAUUCAAGCAUAAUAAAAAUAUAUUAAGACUGAAUUUGGCACAAAAUAUAAUUAGUACUAUUCCUUCUACAUUGUUUGAAUUGCAGAAUUCCGUUGCUGAGUUCAAUAUUAGUAAUAACUUUUUAGAUUACGUGCCAUAUAACAAUUUUCAAAAUUUGACGAGUGUUGAGAGUGUAGAUCUUACGGAUAAUCUGAUACCUAGAGUAGAGCUAAGCGGAUUUGAAAAAUUAACCAAAUUAAAGUAUUUAAUUCUUAAAAAAAAUGAAAUUAAAAGUUUAACAGCGAGCAAGAAAGUUGAAUUUCAAGAUCUAAUGCUAUUCGAUAUAAGCUAUAACAAACUAGAAAACCUUCCACUUUUUGUGUUUGAUUUAUUUCCAAAUAUACAAAACAUUAAUAUAUCUCACAAUGAUAUUAUUCGUUUUGAUUUUUUAUUGACUUAUAAAAAGUUUGGUAUUUCACUAAUCAAUAUUGAUCUCAGUAAAAAUCCGGUGAUAGCUUGGUCUUCACCGAGAAAGCUCGAUAAUAACACAUUGAUAGCCAACUUAUACGAAUUGCAUAUAUGUGCCACUAACAUGACUAAUAUUGACGAUAUAACAUUUGAAUUAUUUACCAGCUUACAACAUCUUUAUCUCAAAUUUAAUCAAAUAAGACGUCUUUCUGUAAGUCCAUUUUCAAAGUUAAUUUUUUUAGAAAAUUUAGAUCUAAGCUAUAAUAGAAUUUCUCAACUUAAAACGAGCAACUUCCGUGGGUUAACUAAGUUGAGGACCUUAUGUUUAUCAAAUAAUAACAUCGAAUCAAUGGAAUCUUUCGCUGAAGAGUUGAGUAAUUUAAAACUUCUGGAUUUGGCUCACAAUAAGUUACAAAACAUUCUCAAUGAAGACCUCAUAAACUUAAAGGAGUUAACAGUAUUAUACUUGAGUCACAAUAACAUUAAAUACAUAUCAGUAACCGCCUUCAGAAGUUUGAAUAAAAUUAUACAAAUCGACUUGGAUCAUAACAAACUCCAAAGUAUACCAAUAGAAUUGCUAACUUCUGUUGAAAAUCACAUUCAGGAAAUAUCAAUAAAAGGAAAUGUCAUUCUAUGCAGUUGCAAAAAAGAUAAUGCUUGGGUUUGGAUUCAAGAUCACCCUAAAAUAAUGAAGUCAAAUGCGGUUAUAUGUUACAAUGAUGAAUAUCCACAAGAAAAAUGCGAUGUCCCAGUAAUAUCUCAACUAUCGGUUGACAAACAUAAGGAUAACUCCGUGUCUGUGUCAUGGUUUAUAAGAAACCGUACAGCCAUUAAAGCUCUACAGAUUUUAUAUUAUGGCGAAGAUGGCAAUAAUGAUGUGAAGUCAAAGUAUUUGGAGAAAAGUGAUGUCUCAGUUCAUAUUCGCGACUUAGAACCAAAUUUCAACUAUACGGUAUGCGUCAUUGCACUUUCUGAGGAUCCAGUGGACUACGAAGAUGAAAUUGUUUCUGAAGUCAAUAACACUAUAGAUGAUAGUUCAAAUUCUACUGCCAGAAUAACACAAGAUAUGGCAGCAGCGAUAUUGAUCCGAAGUUCAUCAAAUGAAUGCGUCUUAUUUAACACAUUUAGAAAACCAUCGGUAGUCAAAACUAAGCCAAUUAAAAAAUUUGCAAUUUCAUCGCUUUUGAACCGGCGCAUGGGCCUUAUAGUUGGGUGCUCGUUAGGGUUUGUUGUUUUCUUUAUCAUGGUCUCGGUUUUAUUAUAUACAAAGAUAAAAGAAAGGAAACGAAUUGCUAAGUCCGACCCAGCAUGGUCGGAAAUGAAUGAUUAUCAUUCAAUGGCAAGUAAAGAUGACAUUCUACAAAAUUCUAUAACAGCUUCUACUGAUAACAUUUUGUUAGGAAUGGCAAAAAAUCGCAAACAAUCCAUAGAUCAUUUAAAUUAA